GACGUGGGCGGCCGUUGUAGCGGUACUGUGAUGGCAGACGAUUCACAUGUAAACCUCUCCUUUUUCUUUUUAAUAUUAUAUUUUCACUAACAACAGACAAACCCACAACAAAGAUGGACAGCUUUUUUGACGCUUCUCGUAGAGAAGUGGCAGCCACACCCUGCAAAUUCAUCUCGUGAGCUUUCUUCCCCCUUUUUUUCCUAUAAAUACCUCCACAAUUUCCCUCUCGUACGAAUAAAAAUCCCCGGAAUCUCAGUCAAUCCACAAGUCACGACGAACAGUUUAAAAAUCCAGAAGAGAAAAUAGAAGUUGCAGAAGAAAAUGAGAAGCUCGGGAGGGGCCAUUCUUUGGGCAAUUUGUGUUGCUUGGAUGGUGGUAAAAACUAAUGGAAUUGCGAGGUCUGAGCAGCCACAGCAGCCAUUAGUGGCGGGCGAUAGUUCGAACACCAUACCUGCCCUGCCCGUGGUGGAGCAGCCGCACAAAAAGGAGACUUGCAGACUGGACCUCUCAGAGGAGCUGUUUGGAGGAGUGAAGGAGGCUUGCGGGGAAGGGAAAUCGCUCGACAGGAGCCGCUGCUGCCCUGUUUUGGCCGCCUGGCUUUACGCCGCUCAUGCCCGAACUGCGCUUCAGCCCUCGGCGGCGCCGCCACUUUCCUCAGACUCUGCCUCCGCCGCCCAGCUGCCCGUCCUGCCCGACGACUCGCAGGCCUGUGUGAACAGCCUCGAAUCGUCCCUCUCCUCCCGCGGCAUUCACAUCCCGCGCCCCAACGCCACCUGCGAUGCUAUUAUGUGCUUCUGCGGCAUUCGCCUCCACCAGCUCACCUCCCUUACCUGCCCCACUGCCCUCAAUUUCACCGCUCCUCUGCAACACCACAAUGCUUCUGCUGCUCGGCCCCCUUCUGUGCUUCAGGCCCUCCAGUCCAACUGCACAGACCCCUCUUAUGAGGGAUGCACCAGAUGCCUCAAGACUCUUGACAAGCUCAAGGGCAAGCCUGAGAAGGGGGGGAUUUCUGAAAGGACCAACAGAAUGUACACCAGAGACUGUGAAUUAAUGGGGCUCACUUGGUUGCUUGCCAAGAACAAAACUGCUUACAUUCCCACUGUUUCUGCAGUUCUGAGAGCCGUCAUGUACUCAACCCAUCCGCCUCGGCAGUCACACUGCAGUCCAGAUCAAGAGAAUAUGCCUCUGGCUCUCGAUUCUAUUCAACUCUACAAAUCUUCUGCUGCUCCUGCUCCUUCUGCUCUUCUCACAAGCCUGCAGAAGAUUAUUACAGCUCUCUGCUCUGUGGGGAUGCUCUGGUUUAUCGGCUUUUAGGAAUUAUUACACAGAUCUUGUUAAUCAUUGCCUGUAAAGUAGACAGGCGUUCGCUUUGUAAAAUUUUUGGCUCCUUAUAGUAAGGCCUAUGUUUAUAUUUUGUAUCUUGAAUAUUUAUAUAGUGAGUUAUGGGAUUCCAGCCUCGAGAAUUUAAUGGGCAAAAGCGCAAUAAAUGCAGAUCUUUCUCCUGUUUUGCAUUU